AUGCGACAAUUUUCUUCCGCGCAGUCCGCAGAGAACACGGCCACGCCGGAUGCGAGUUUUCAACCCAUUAUCCAUGAUGUAUUUGAAGAGAAAACGGGUACCUGGCAGUAUGUAGUUGCCGAUCCAAAUACUCUGACGGCUACCAUUAUCGAUUCGGUGUUGGACUACGACCCUCUGGCACGCACCAUAUCUACCCAUUCAGCCGACAAGAUACUUUUGUUGAUUAAAAGAAUGGGCUACAGGGUUGAUAGUAUUCUGGAGACGCACAUCCAUGCAGACCAUUUGACAGCAGCGCGCUAUCUUCAGACGUCACUUCACAAAGAGCAGGGGUAUUUGCCUCUCAUCACUGUGGGCAAGCGCAUCGUACAUAUCCAAGAGCUGUUCCGUCAAAAAUACGGUCUAUCAGAGGAAGAAACACGAGGCGUUUUCGACAGAUUUCUCGACGAUGAUGAAAGAUUCCACAUUGGCUCCUUGGAAGCCCAAGCGAUCCAUCUUCCAGGCCACACUCCAGACCACAUGGGAUUCAAAAUAGGAGAUAACGUUUUUUGCGGCGACUCCGUUUUCCAUGCGGACAUUGGCUCGGCGCGUUGCGAUUUCCCGGGCGGCAGCGCCGAAGACCUCUAUGCUUCGGCUCGCAAGCUUCUCAGCUUCCCGGACCAUGUCAAGAUAUGGACUGGCCACGACUACCCUUCACAGAGCCGUAGCGAACCCGUGCCGUAUCUCAGCGUUGGUGGUCACAGAGCACAGAACAAGCAUUUAAUGGACGGGUACAGCAAAGAUGAAUUCGUUGCCCUGCGGCGUGAACGCGAUUCGAAACUCGCUGAGCCGAGGCUGCUACACCAGUCUCUGCAAAUGAAUAUCCGGGCGGGGAGUUUGCCGAGACCGUCGCCCGAGGGUGACCGGAUGCUUCACACGCCGCUUGACGUGAAACAGCUCGGCAUGUAG